CUUGUUACAGCUCCAUCGUUAAUUUUCGACCCUGGUGUCGUUGUAUCCCACCCUUUUUCCUUCCUUUGCACACGCUUCUCUUCCUGUCGGAUACUCUUGCAAUGGCCAGAUUGCUGCAACCAUGUCUGCUCGAGCUUUGGCGGGAUGCCUCUUCCUGCCUUCCGCAGAUUGGAAGACUGGACCCGCCGCUUUCCGUGUGCAGCCUUAUGUGAUCGGGUGAUAUCGGUAGAGGCUGAAGAUCAACAAUUCCCUUGCUAUCUUCGUCUGCUUCGAUAAGAGGAUGACGGUCCAUUGAGCGCACGACCGGCAGGUCGCAUCUUUUUGUUGCGUGUCAUGUCGAAGAGAUGUCGUGGAUUAUCUUGUCAGGCCAGCCUGGUGUCUUCAGGUGGUUUAAAGCAGGUAUGCCCGUUGGCAAACCAAGAAGCGCACUUUCCACUCAAUCAAAGGGCUGAGGCCUGAAGGACGGCCCUUGACAUAGGAGCUGGGAGAUUGGUGUACUUUCGAUGAGCAUUUGGCUGGAAUUCAGAGUCUCAACCAUGCGUGAGUAGAUCUAACUGAUGAACGUGCCUUUGAACUCAGGAUACUCCUUAGUGGAGAGCAUCUGCCAGCCUCGUCAGCUUGUCUCUGUUUGGUCCGGAUGGGAACACAGAGUAUUGUUUGAUGAGACGAUGAAUGGGCAACCUUUAUGAAUGAUUGACGAAGGAGGAUGAGCCACAUGUUGAGCCAGAUUACAGGUAAGACUUGUCAUUUGGAGCAACUGGUCUUACUGGGUUCUUGAUAGUGAAAGAAUGUCUUGAUUCAUAAAGUGAAGAAGAAUACGUUCAGGUUUGUCCUUGUUCUUCUUGCCAGAUCUCAAACAUCUUCCGCACCCUUCCAUCGCGCAUCUCAUCGCAUCAUACCCUCUCUCACCUGGAUCGUACAACUCUAUCCUCCAUUCGUUCCUCUCGCGCGACAUCAUCGGUCCAUACAUGAUGCCGUCCAGCACAGUGGCCACAGACGGCGGGUCUUCCUCCUCCUCGGUCGGCUCUCCUUCUACCACGCACAAGACUGAGGGCAACUACAUCGAUCCUUUUCCUCCUCCACCCUCUCCUGUCCGACGACCAACAUGGCUCUCCCGCCUGAUCUUCAAAGUCGAGGACCUCAUCGACGCCUUCAGCUGGGUCAAGUUCUUCUACUACCUCCUUGCCUACUCGUACUUCUUCUUCCUGAUGUACCUGGGCUGGAUCGUCUUGCCUCUCGCCGGUCACUGGGACGCCCCGAACCAGUCUGACAAAGUCCCAAUCAUCUACCAGGACUUCAGCAACUACUUCGGCAGCUUCCACGGCUUUGCAGAAUGCAACAUCCAAGCCAGCGAUCUCUACAUUCCUGCGAAAGACGUCAACCAUGCCUACUGUUCUCGACGCCAGGACCUCCUGGAAUCCAUGUCUCAUGGCGGCCGUAUCGGCUUCGAUGCACCAUACCAACCUAGAGACUGUCACUAUCGCUGGUACACCGUUGCCGAGAUCUGUAUGAUCCUCGAACGCUUCGACAGCAUAGUUUUCGUGGGCGACUCCGCCUUGGAAACCAUUUACAACGGCUUCAACGUUCUUCUCCGUCAAGACCUGGCCUCAGGCGCCCUCAAGACAUGGGACAUGGACAAGAACACUCUCCACACAUGCCGCUGCGACAACCAAUUCACCUCUCAAGCCUGCACUCAAUUCUACGUCACGAACAGCGGGGACGUGGUGAGAAACAGCAACAAUCCUCAGACGAGUGCAUACCUCUGUCACCGCACACCACAUGCCUUCCUUCCCCUCUCAAAUUCCCCUGCUCCAAACGACGUUCUGCAGAAAUUCAAGUCCCUCGUCCCUCCAGUCCCACAGUCAAAUUACAAACCCGUCCCGAUCAUCCACUCACUCUCGCCGAGCACCGCGUCCGCUGAGGCAGCGACCAAAUCUCUGCUCGAGUUCCUCGCAUUGGCCGACGCUUCGAAGCGCAAAACGCCCAUGCUCUGGAUCGGUCCGACUGCUGCAGGACACGUCGAAAUCAAGAACCGCAAGGGUAACCAGGAGAUUUGGGACUUUGACAAACAGACCGCACGUGUUGCCAUGGAGAACGACGUCGAAGUCCUCAAGAUGUGGAAUAUGACGGUGCAAGCGGGCAGCUGGGAUGGCUUGAGAUUCGGAGAAAGGGUCGCCAUCAUACAGGCCAUGAUGGUGAUCAACUGGCUUGGUCGGCUGGAGUCGAGUUGAGUGGUCAUGCGUGCACUGCUCCUUUUCAUCUUUGGGAAAUUCACCAUGAUGGGAGACUACCACAUGCCCGGAUACGGAUUACGAAGAUAACUUCCACCAUUGGACGGUUGAGCUCACGAAUGGUCAAGCUGGCAGGCAUCAAGAUAUCCCAAGUGCUGUGGAGUCCCGUGCUAAUGAAAUGAAAUCUCGAGAAAGGCUUUUGCGCUGAAGGCACGAUGGAGCAACAAAGGUGCUGGUUGAAAAGACGAUCGAGCCAGGAAGAUCUUUGAAAAGCAACAUAAUAUUGCAGCGCUACGCAGACUUUGAACCAAUAAGGCUUCAAAAGAGUGCGCUUAACUAGAGCUGACGCCAAAAGGUUGCUUUCAUCACAGAGACCACAAG